AUGGUGUUACGAAGUAUCGAUUACAUCUUAGCCAGUAUCCUGAUUGUGGCAGUUAUCGCAACUCUAGCUAAUGCACAACCGCCUACGGCAGACGAGUCCAUUGGACUAGACCGAAUUCAGCGGCAAUCUUCUAUAAGAGCAGGAAAAAGUGUGGCAAUAAAACCAAAAUGGGGAUUUUUCGGAACAAUAUUUAAUGUUAUUUUGGAACAAAUUAAUGACACAAAAAGUGCUUACAACCAGAUUUCCGAACUAGUGAAUAAUCAAUUUGUAGAUGAUAAGGCUGUAAUACCACCUCCAGAUAAAUCUAAUAAUGGAACUACCCCAUCCCCUAAAAUAACCAGGAAGGAAUUUUUAAAUAUACUUGAUCGAAACUUAAAAGGUUUGGCGCGUCUGAGGAAUUUAGAAUGGCGCGAAGCUAAAAAGGACUCAUGGAAUAAUAUACAAGGUUAUUGGAACGAACUAUUUGGAGAUAAGAAAAAAAGAAUUAGAAGAACCACCAGUCACUAG